AUGCAGGGCACAGACGUCCUGGUUCUGCUGCGGGUUUGGAACGCUGAACUCGAGCGAAACGCAUCGUGGCUCACACAGCCUCAGGGUGCUCCGGCUGUACCCAAGUCGGAGGGUGAAAGUGUGGCUGCAGCUCACGCAAAGUACGGCUGCCGAGAACCGGGAGUACACGGCGUACAACGUUCGAGUGAAGGUUGUGGAACGCGGCCUGCGGAAUUCCCGCGAAGGACGUGGCGGAACGAGUGCGGCGCGCUCGGUGGUGGUGGACUCGGGUCGGCGCUUACCACGGCAAUCACGGAACAGAAUGAACGUAGUGAAUCUGUGGUGUUUCAGCAAAUCAAUUCACAACGCCAGUCCGAGGGCUUGGCUCGGGUAAAAGCGGACUCGGGAACGCGUACGCGACCGGGGAAAGCUGCUACUGUUGCUGCAGCGACCAGUGGACGUCGCACGCCGCGUGCAGAGACUGAGCGUCUGACAGCGUACCAAGAGCUGAAGACUGAAAGCUAUACUUCCCCGAGCGCUACGCGAGUACCACUCUCCAGACAAAUUUUGAGUGCAUUGCGUAGCCAUGUGAAAGCGAUCCCGAUGUCUGACGUUCAUCGAUCCCAUCGCAUGAGAUUUCUGCGCCUCUCCAGGGUGCCGCCAUGCCCAUUAAAGUGCAAGACAGAGGAUCUACCGUGGAAUAUGGGCAUCGAGAGAGCGCUUUGCACGACCGAGUCCGGUUUGGUGAUGCCGCCCGUGGAACCACGCGACAGGGAAGCAUUGGGCAGCCCGGAACAGCGCUGGAACUCCAGCGAAUCGUAUCCUCCCUUGACAUAUCGCACGGUACGGGAUCCCCAGGUACAAGAGCGAUCCAGUUCUGUUGCUGAUGCUCGUCGUCGAGUGGUACCGCCGCGGGCAGACUCUGCGGCGGAGUCGCCCGAGGGCCUCUGCGGUCACAGUGCGCCGCUUCUUGCGGAUGAUUCGAAGCCGUCUCGACGGGAGAUUGCACCGGAGUCCUCGCAUUUCCAGAGAGAGCGGAUAGAUUUCAUCCACGAGUAUAAUGGUGCGCAUGGUGUAGAUGGAGCAUGUGUCGGUGGCUGCCUUGGGCUAGAAAGAGCACGCGGCCACGUGACUGUUACUGGAAGAGAGCAUCCGGGGAUUGCGCCUCGACCAAUUCCUGGAGAGAACAACCCGUGCAAACGCCGCCGCAUGGCGGAUGACCUUGCGCAAUCCAAAUGUCACCGACUCGGAGACAUGCUCGGUAAUCGUUACCUCUUUAUGGAUGCCAUGGACGCAGAAUUGCCGCGGUACAUCCUGCUGCUUCCCCUUUUGGCCCGAGUGUUGGCCGUAUCGUGCCCCGGUCUCCACUGCGUGGUGCAGUUUCCGCUCAAGUGGCAACUGGAUUUGGCCAUGAUACAGCGUUCGUGGUCCGUUGGAGAGGGAAACGCCGGUGAUCGCUCGGGCACCAUCACAUCCCAAAUCGAAGGAGAGAACCGGCAUCGAGCGUGCGUUCCCAAGAGUUGUACACCGGGCAUUUGGCGGGCGCCAAGCCAGCAUGCAAGGGCACGAGGAGCAGCUGCACCAACCUGCAGUGCAAGACGAUCAGCAGUGCCGCAGCCAAACGAUUCCGAACGCUCGCCGGACACGGCAUCAUUCCAAGAAGCGCUGAUGAAUGCUCUACUUUUACGUGGCUGGCAGCUGCUUGUAUUGCCAGCCUCAGAUUCGGAAUCGCCACAAGCAGACACGGCAACACUCUCCCUCGCUCAGGUUCAUCCACAUAGCUGGCGGGUAUCCAGUCUACAGGAUGGCCAGCUGCUUAGCGGUUGGCGACGAAAUGAUGGAGCACCAUGCGAGCCACCGUCUCGCUUGCCGUCUUCUGUGUGGAGGCGAGUUCAGAAAUUACGCACACGAAUCGGGGGCUUCGGCGCGGAGGUCUCGGCUCCGGACGCCGGAUGGUCAUACGCUUCGCAUUCGAAGCACACCGGCAUUCUGAGCUGUGAUAAUGUCGCUCAACAUGUAAGGCCCAGCUGUGCCGACGACUUGAGAUUCUACGUCGCGUACGAUAACGGCUCGUCGGUAGAGCUGGUGACCUGCGCCGAUCCAGUGCUCUACGGUGUGCGCAAAUCCCGUGUGAACGGUUGCCAGCCAGUGCUGGUUUUUUGUUUCAAUCAGCAUCAUGCUAGUAUUGAGCUUGCCGAUCUCGUGCUCCCGCUGACCGAAAGCGUAUAUGCGCACGCUCCUGCGUGCGUACCACGUGCGACACGUUUGCCAUCACAGCCUAGGCGGUUGCCUUCAAAGGGCAUGCGUUCCCAUGAGAAUGUUCUUGUCGUCGAUAUUGGUGCACAACCCGUGGAUAUGCGGAUGGCAUUCGACGCCCAUCGGGAAUCGACUGCUUCGACGAAAUCUUCCGCAAAUUCGACUCCGUCUGAAGCGUUGAUCACGGAAAAUCCCGACACAGAUACCGAAAGAAAGAUGGAAACCGCUGCGGAUCGUCAGAGUCCGUGUUUUAACGGCGAUAUACCAUCGCGUGGAGGCCCCGAUCUGCUCGACCCUGCACGUCGAGCGCAGAGCGCAGAUCACGGUCCAUUAUUGGCCGCAGACGAGCGCCUCGACCAUGCGCACAUGGAACGUGUUCAUUUUGAUGGGAAUCCCAACGAGGAUGUGUCGGCAGUCGCGAGCGGACAAGAGUCCAGGCCUGUGCAGCCGCGCUCCGACCAUCACCGCAGUUCUACGCAAGAGCACGAUGCUGCGCUGCAGCGUACCUCUAUGGACUCCCAGCGCGCCGUACCCCAGGCUCCAGAUGUGCAUCGAGCGCAACGAAGCACCGAGACCCGCUUUGAGCAGUCCACCGGCUGCGUCUACAAACCAUCACUGGGCCAGGCGCUGAAUGACACAUUCACAACGUGCCGAAUGCGACGCACCUGA